AUGGAGAGCAUCGUAGUCACUCCUCCCAUGGCGAGCAUCGUAGUCACUCCCAUGGCUGCACCUCUGUCAGCGGAGUUUAACAAACUCACCUUCAGUAGCUUGUAUAUUCGUCGAACUGGUCCAGGCAGCAGGGAGAUAUCCAUGGAUGGAAAAUCUGAUAUGGGCAAAAGAUAUUUCAGUGACUUCCCCAUAUAUGAUGGUCCUGCCUCCGACGCCAGCCUUGUGGCACGCGUACAGGGAGUCUCAAUCCAAGCUGGUGACACACACCAAAUAUUCACCAUCGUGUUUGAGAACGACAGGUUUAAGGGCUCCACGCUCCUUACCAAUGGAGUGAUAACGGGUGGGUCUGAUGACUGGGCAAUCUACGGCGGAACCGGAGUGUUUGCUAUGGCGAGCGGUGUCAUAAAAAGAAACUAUCUUCCCGAUAGGACUGGUGGGAAUUCUGAUGAACUUACCAUGGAAGUUUUCUGCCCGGUGUUUGGCUCGUCACAGCAGCCAAAGGGCUCUAUCACGAAGAUGGGAUUAUGGGGUGGAGCGGGAGGGUGGGAUCAUGACAUAACAGCGCCACCAAAGCGUCUGCUGAGCCUCACCAUCACCACUCGCAGUGGCAGUGCUGUUGAAUCGAUUCAGUUCACUUAUACCGACAAAGCUGGCGAGAAGCACACUGCUGGCCCAUGGGGUGGAAGUGGUGGCACUUCUCAAACGAUCGAUCUUGACGACGCUGAGUACGUCAAGGAAGUUUCAGGAACAUACAGCUUAUAUGGACCAUAUACUGUCUUAACCUCAUUCAAUCUUGUCACCAACAACAGAACCUGGGGCCCAUGGGGCACCAAGAAUGGGACACGUUUCUGCAUUACCGCGCCAGCCAACAGCAGCAUUGUGGGAUUCUAUGGACGUUCGGGAAGCCUCAUCGAUGCCAUUGGUGUUUACGUGCGUGAAUUUUGA